AUGAGAGUCAGUGGUCAGACUCAGUGGUCGAUGAGACUCAGUGGUCAGACUCAGUGGUCGAUGAGACUCAGUGGUCAGACUCAGUGGUCGAUGAGACUCAGUGGUCAGACUCAGUGGUCGAUGAGACUCAGUGGUCAGACUCAGUGGUCAGACUCAGUGGUCGAUGAGACUCAGUGGUCGAUGAGACUCAGUGGUCAGACUCAGUGGUCGAUGAGACUCAGUGGUCAGACUCAGUGGUCGAUGAGACUCAGUGGUCAGACUCAGUGGUCGAUGAGACUCAGUGGUCAGACUCAGUGGUCGAUGAGACUCAGUGGUCAGACUCAGUGGUCGAUGAGACUCAGUGGUCAGACUCAGUGGUCAGACUCAGUGGUCGAUGAGACUCAGUGGUCGAUGAGACUCAGUGGUCAGACUCAGUGGUCGAUGAGACUCAGUGGUCAGACUCAGUGGUCGAUGAGACUCAGUGGUCAGACUCAGUGGUCGAUGAGACUCAGUGGUCAGACUCAGUGGUCGAUGAGACUCAGUGGUCAGACUCAGUGGUCGAUGAGACUCAGUGGUCGAUGAGACUCAGUGGUCAGACUCAGUGGUCGAUGAGAGUCAGUGGUCGAUGAAACUCAGUGGUCAGACUCGGUGGUCAGACUCAGUGGUCGAUGAGACUCAUUGCACCCUGAUGGAAGAUACAAACCCAAACACUAGAUGUCACUGUCGUAUAGCAGGAAUAUCACUGAGAGUGGCAUCACACAGCUAAAUGGUGUCACAAUAGGAACUGAAAUGUGUGAAUGUAAACAAGUAGAUAUGUCUUGUCACUGAUUACAAGUGUUAAUCUUGCUCAUCACACAAACAGUGCAUAUAUUUCCACUAUUGAGAUCCAAGGCCCUUUGUUCUACCGUUUUGACCAUGUCAGGGACAGGUUUAGUCAAAGACCUUGCCCUUGUUCUCUCCGUAUCUGUGAUGGGGACAGUUUAGUUGAGAAUCUUUAUGAUGCUCAAAUGUACUGGUUACUAACCAUCACCUGAAACUGUGCGUUUAUUUCAAACUUUCAGAUUUCACCCAGUCCUUAUAGAGCAGGCUGUUUUAAGAGAGAUUAGGAGACACGUUAUGCAUGAACAAGUUCUUUAAUCAGAUGGUGCUCAUCCAUAAAGUUUGUCGUUAUCUGAUUCACCAACUUCUGAACAGGCCAAUAAAAGAAUUUGUUUAAAGAGAAGUUAUGGUCUGGAAAAUAUUGGAUCAUAUAUCAAUCUUACCUCCUUCAUCCAUGCGGGCGGUGGGGUUGCCUAAUGGUUAAAGUGUCCGCUCGACAUGCCGAAGACCCGGGGUUCGAUUCCCCACAUGGGUGCAAUGUGUGAAGCCCAUUUCUGGUGUCCCCCGCCGUGAUAUUGCUGGAAUAUUGCUAACAGCGGCGUAAAACCAUACUCACUCACUCCUUCAUCCAUGCCUUAUGAAGUGAGCUCUUAUUAGAGGAAAUAUCAUCUGGAACAUGUGGGUAGGCCUGUUAUUGCUGUCUGUCUUUGUUAAACACUCAUUGAGCAAAGUCAAACACCUUGCAUAUUCAUCAAAAUAUAUGUUACCAGGUAUGUUUAGUAUUUUUUGUUUAUGUUCAAAGUUUAUUUUUAGUUAUUUAUAUUAAAAGAAUCCAAACAAAUUCAUCAUACAGAUACUGUGUCAUUGGCUGUGGACAGUUGACAAGCCUUAUUUGUGUAUUAGAUCAUAGUACAAGAUAUAAUAUUUAUUUGUUUGCUAAUGUUUUUGUAUGAACUACUUACUGACAGCACUUACAAUACUUAACAAAUUAAAUGUUAGUAUUAGUAAUGAUGCAAAAGCUAAUGCUGAACCUGAUGCACAUUCAACUAUUUGUUGAGAUUUGGUAAAUGUUCUCACGAAAUAGUGUGCAAAGGGAGACAACUUAGGAGAGCCUUCAUAACACAAGGAGCUAUCAACUACUCUCUAGAGAUAUCUGUGUCCAUGGUAUUGCCUUGUUUCAGAGAUCAUGUGAUAAGAUCUUAUUGUAUGGUCUGUGCUUGUAUUAAUCAAUUUUCAUAUACAAUUCAGCAUAUUGCUGUCUAUAUGUCAGUGUUAAAUUCAGCAAAAUAUGUCUGGAAAUGUGUUUCUGUUUUGUUAAAAGUCAUUCCUAUGAUUGUAUUGCUUUAAUAAUAAUCACAUUCCAUAAUCCAUCAUAAAAUGUUAAAAUUGUUUACAAGAUAAUCAAAUUUUCAAAGAUGCUUUAACUGAAGACAGUGUACAGAGCCGUCUCACUGAGAGGAUCAACUCAUUGUUUAUAAUAAUCAAAAGGGCAAUAAUAAUCAUAAGUCCAAUUAUAUGCAUGAAUAUUUUGUCUGAAUCAAGGUGAAGCUUAGGCAAUGGCUUUCAUAUUUUCAUACAGUCACAGAUUCUACCAAAACCUACAAGCAGGAAAUAUAAAAAUACCUGGACAAUUUGUUUUUUCCAGAUGGACAGGAGUAACCACAAGAAUAAGUAGAAUGAGGACCUUGCUUUUAUGGAUAUACCACUUCUUUGUUCUGUAUAGGCGACAUUUCGACAUAGAUUCUAAUGUCAUUGUCAAGCAAGUUAGAAUCUAUGUCGAAACAAUGCCUUUACAGAAUAAAGAAGUCGUAUAUCCAUAAAAAAAAUAUUGUCUUCAUUCUUCAUUUCCUCAACUUCUAGAAUGCCAACCAAAGAAGACAAGAAUAAGUAUUUAUUUUGGCUGGUUAACAAGGCCCCCCAAAAAAGAAAUUGCUUUUGACGAAAAAACAUUUGGAUAAAUAAACCUUAAACCAUAACUAUCACAGUGACAACAUGUUUAAAAUAGUUUAUGUACUUUCAUAAUCUCUAUAGCAACCACAAAUGCAUCCUGACUGAUGACCAUUCAAACAUAUCACCAGUACCCACCGCUUGUAUUUGUAGACUAGCUCAGUCAGUGUUAAGUGACAUAAUUCAAGUGAUUUUAAGCAUCUUCAAAAUUAGAUAUUAUCUUAUUAUGCAAAAUAUACAAACUGGUAUAUUUUUAGCAGAUGACUGAUUAGUAUAGAUACUGUUAAUGGAAGGUAAACAUUUGAUGUAGUAAUAUGAAAUGAUCUGGUGUUUCUAAAUUCUUUUGAGUAGUAUAUUCUACGAUUUCUUUCAAUGAAACUGUGUUAAUCAAGAAUGAUGUUUCUCACCCAGGUUACCAAAUCAGGUUGCAGAGUUACUUGUUUCUGUGUGUUGUCAUUCCAAGCAGUAAUCAUGUAAUAGGUUGGCUCUUAUUCCGAUUACUGAGAUCCAGAAUAAAGAGGUUUCACACUGUA